GCUGCUCUCCUCUCUCCGCCUGCCUCUAUUGCGCACACACACACACACACACACAUGCAUGCAUGCAUGCAUACCUUCUCGCCGUCUCCCGCCGCUCAGCCGCACUUUGUCCAGUGAAGACUCGAGGAGACCCAGAGAGGAGAUGAUGAUGCUGCUGCUGAAUCUGUUGGAGCUCAAGUGGUGAUUGUUUUUUCUUUUGUCUUUGCUCUUUAUUAAAAAAAGAAAAGCAUCCUGGACACAGAACAAUGUUGAUGCAACAGAAGCUCUUCCCUCUGCGCCGUGUUGAUCUGCCUGACUGCUGCCUAGAAUCAGCCCGUUUUGGGGGGAUUUGAGCAACAGAGAUUGUUCUGCGCCGGGCUGCGCGCUCUGCUGUUCUGGUGCGCUGCAUCUUCCUCUUCUCCUCCUCCUCCUCCUCCUCUUUAUCUCCCCACUGAAGGAUGCUCAGUUCUCUCCUCAAUCAGGAAUAUUACUCCCGCAACUACAAAUACUCUCGCUGCUGCCGCCGUCCACUUCUCUGCCCCAACCAGAUCGCAGUUUAAGGCGCCCCGAAGGGAGCAAGAAGCAUGUCAGAGGCGCCCGUGUUGCACAUGCAAACGAGCCGUCUGGAGCUGGUUCUGCUGGACUCCGGCCGCUAAGCCGGACUUGAGAUUAUCCACACAUCACAGAAAAGGCACUGAUGAAAUAGGGGAUCCUGAGAGUUGCUUUCUGACCGGCAAAGUAUUCCUGUGCCGCUGUGUGUCGACGGGCUCCAGCUGCUUAAACAGCUGUAUGGUUUUCUGACUGGUCCAAGCCUGUGAUUUUGGCAUCUGACUAAGGAGAGGUCGGUGGCAUAUCAUGGGAACUGGCCUUUCCGACGGUAACGUACUCUGCUGUGAUGGAAGAGUCGUGUCGGCCUUGAGCGCUUAGAGUCAGCGGGGACACAGAGGCUCCUGUGUAACGAGAGAGAGGCCUCCCUGUGCUGUGACUCGGAUGAACACAGCAGUUGUCGGGGAAAAGGUGAUUAGAGAACCCCCCCCGGACCCGGUCGGAACCUCCGAAUCAGCACACUCAUACACUGAGAUGACCCAAGAACAGUGCACUCAUAGGAACAAUGUCCAGAGUUCAGAGAAACCACAAGUGUACAAAGUGGGGAUAUACGGCUGGAGGAAGCGCUGCCUUUACUUCUUCGUCCUGCUGCUGAUGAUCCUGAUCCUGAUCAACUUGGCGCUAACUAUCUGGAUCCUCAAGGUCAUGAACUUCACCAUCGACGGAAUGGGCAACCUGAGAAUAACAGAGAAGGGCCUGAAACUGGAAGGGGACUCUGAGUUCCUCCAACCCCUCUAUGCCAAAGAAAUCCAGUCCAAACCAGGCCGCCCGCUGUUCCUGCAGUCGUCCAAAAACAUCUCGGUCAACAUCGUCAACAGCAACAACCAGCUGCUCACGCAACUUGUAACAGGAUCCAGUGGAUUUAAAGCACGAGGCAAGAUGUUUGAAGUCAAGUCCACCUCCGGGAAGCUCCUGUUCUCCGCCGACGAGCAGGAGGUCGUGGUGGGCGCCGAGAGGCUGCGGGUGAUGGGGGCCGAAGGCGCCGUGUUCAGCAAAUCAGUGGAGACGCCACACGUCAGGGCCGAGCCCUUCAAAGAGCUCAGGCUGGAGUCUCCCACUCGCUCCCUGCUGAUGGAGGCCCCUAAAGGCAUCCAGAUCCUGGCUGAGGCCGGAGACAUCCAGGCCAUCUGCAGGAACGAGCUGCGCCUGGAGUCCAAGGACGGAGAGAUCUCUCUGGACGCUCGGAGGAUUCGCCUCAUGCGGUUGCCUGAGGGGAAGGCCUCCUCCACCAGCUCCUCGUCCCCUGGAACCAGGCAGACGGUCUACGAGGUUUGCGUCUGUCCCAACGGGAGGCUCUUCCUGUCCCAGGCCGGCACCGGAUCCACCUGCCAGAUCAGCAACAAUGUCUGCCUCUAGGACUGACGCAUACAAGUAUAGAUGAAUACAGCGAUAUCCUGAAGAGAACAGGGCAAAAACAGACAGACGUACGCACAUUGCCUGGUUCCAGGAUCAGUUCACAGCAAACGGUAAAUACAGAGACUGCCUGAGCCGAAACCAACAAUCUGUACCUGUACAGACACACACACGUACACACAUUCAAAUUACACUAUCAGACCGAUGUUUAGGCUGAAUGGAUGUUUUAACUGGCCAGUACUGAAAAUGUUGGAUUCAAGCUGCUGACAGCUGGUCUUUUGUGCCAAUAUUUCAAUGCUAAAAGAUAUUUUCUCCUUUUAAUUUUCUACGUCUGAGAGUGGAAAACCUUUGAAAUCAACAUUUAGAUCAUCACGGGACACUAAAACUAUCCACUGUGUGUCAUACACAUCUCUCUGAGCUCUUUAUAAGUACAGCACUGCAGGAGUUAUUGGGCUUUUAAACUGAAAUACAUGAAUAAAAGAACAAAAGGAAGAAAAAAAUUGCCGGUUUUCCCAACGUUUUUUUAUACAACGAAGGUCACACUUCGAAUAAACAUCCGAUUCUGACCCGCUGCAUCAUAAAGGAGCGGCAACGGUAAUAUAUUGGUCCAACCCGACACACGUGACACUAAGAGGCAAACUAAAUCAGAUGCACACACAAGCCACACGGUGGACAUGUGGACACACACACAGACACACACACACACACACACAGACAAGGACUCACUCUCACUCUCUGGAAGGAAAAUCUCCAGAGAUUUACUAGAAGAGACACGGAUCUGUUCCCUUUCUCCCUCAAGCGCAUUUCACCACUGGGAUCACCCAUGGCAACAGGCCCCGCCCCCUUUAUUCUGCUCCUCCCUGAUGGUCGCCCAGCUGAGAUGAGUGAAGCGUCUUUACUUUUGCUGGUGCUCAUUUGGCAUUUUGAAGCUCCAAAGCUCAGUAUGAGCACGUAAUAUGACACUACAUGUGGGAUGAAGGUUUACUGAACGUGAAGACGAGUCUAGAAGGAACUAGAUACCUGAAUUGCACCGUUCAGGCUUUGCUUUAGGAUUAUUUCACUGAUGUUUACCUCCUCGGUGACACUGUUUCUAGCUCUCGCCAUUCAUCCACUGAUACAAAUGCCAGAUCCAGAGGUGUGUGUGUGAGCAUUGCGUUCUGUCAGCGUGGGAAUACAGAAACCACGUAAGGAUAACAUUAAAAAAAAAGAACAGAAAACACAACAGAGGGGGAUUUUUCCUAAACGAUCAACAAUGCAGCACAUCAGCACUCAAAGAAAUCCGCCCACUCGCUCUUUGUUUGGAUGUGUUCAAAGUGUGUCUUGACAGACUGAGUGUUCACAUCGUAUCACACUCACCGCCGUGUUAUUUUGACAUUUGAGUGUCACUGAAUGCUUCUGCUCUCAACCACCAUUUUAUGUAUAUUUUAUUUGAUGUAAUCUCUUCUUGAUUUGAAUCUGAAUACAAAGCUUUUCUUUGCUUCUUUCUUGCACGGAACGUAUGUCACAAAUGUUCAGCGUGAGCUGCUUUUCCGGGGCCUUUUUACAACGCGUGGCGCUCUGUGUAGAAGAGGGGAGCCGUGGCGACAUGUGCCUUAUGUCCGUGCACUUGUGGCGAGAAGAAGCACGUCGCACAGACCGUCUUUGGCUUCCCCCGAGUGACGUCGUCCGUCGAGGAUCUUCUCCCGUGGAGCGAAUGCAAAGACCUUCAGCCAGACGCGACUGCAGCCGACUCGGCGACUUUGCUUUUCAUCAUCACGUGUGUGUGUUUCCGUUGAUGAUUUAAGAGACAAACUUGGGAUCCUGUGGAGUUUGAAAGACGGACACCAGAACAGAACAUCUGCUUUCUCGUUAAGAUCUUUGUUUGUUGUUGUGUGGCACAUAUGGUUGGUGUGUAAAGAUCUUUGGUGACAACACACACACACACAGGAGAAAGCAGACCUGAGCACCUCGCAGAAGGCCGCUGCAUUCAUUCACAUCUAAUGUUUAAAGUGUCCCGUUCUUUUUGAGAGUCUCCCGGCUUUGUUGCUGCGUAUUAAAGGACUUGAGCAUA